AUGGCGUUAACUUAUAAAGAAAGACUAGAAUUCCUAGAAAGCUUGAAGAAGACGCCUAUUGAUCUGGCUGUUGCGGAUAGAAUGGUGCUCUAUGCACACGACAGAACGCUGAUGAGACCUACUCUUCUGAGCCUUGUGAAGGAGCUUACGAAUCUUGAUGCCUACAUAAGUGUAAUGCACGGGAUACUGACUCAGGACGAAUGGGACGAGGUUAUAUCUGACUAUGACACACCCAUAGAAGGAAGCCAUGCAAAUCUCAGGGAGAAGAUUAAGAUGUUUCUGUUUGCAUACGAGAACCUGUCUGACGCCAUCCACGACUUCAACAUCGACGAGGUUCUCAAAGCCUUUGAGGUUUCAUUGCUUUCGAGGACCCGGAACGUCCAGUUUCUUCUCUUUAAGCUUUGCUGCCGGAAUCCGCAGGCUGUCUUUGGAUUUCUAUUCAAACUAGCACGCAAAAACCCAACGGUGUACCUUCCUUAUUUAUCGUCUUUAAUUGUGAGAUGCAAGGUGGAUGGGGAGCUGAAGUCCACAUAUAUUCGGGACUACAUAUCAUAUGUCAAGUCACUUAGCAGGGCGCAUUCGAUCCUGUCUGUUGCUGCAUGCCAAUGUCUUUUGUACAUCGCCUGUUUCAGAAGAGAGGUUGCUGUGGCGGCAAGGGAUAUCAUAGAGUGGGUCUUUGACUCUGGGAUUGCGAGAUACAUGAACAGGAAUGUUGUGGAGAUGUUCUGCGAGCUGUUUGGCUAUGAAUGCAAGGUGUUUUCGAGUUACGACAACGAUUGCUUAUAUUUUUUUCCUUUUGACCUACCAAUACUAGAGAAGAUCGGAGAGGGCAUCCACGAAUUCUAUAUUCACUUCGAUAGGUGA